UAACAUAGCUUUAAAUGCAUUUGACGAUAAUGAGAUAAUGAGAUAAUGAGCUUACGCGAGCUCGCAUCUUUGACGUAGGCGAGGGAGCCCCGUCCUUGAGUAUCCGCCCCUGAAGGCCAGACAGAGCAUGGCCCCGACUUAUUCCAGAUCAGCGGAGUUGUAUUCAAUGCCAAGCCUCUCUAGUGAUGAGACAAACCGUUUACGGGCAUGUUGGUGUUCUCUGUCCGGCGGUGGAAGCUCCCCGCGUCUCUUCAUGUCGAUGCAUAGCUGGUACAAGUACUGGUGGUAGUCGCUAUCAUACGGCUUCAUACCGGAACGGUCGUUCGGAUAAGGCUUGUCAUACUCCGGCGAAACCUCCUGCCACAGGGCCGUCAAUGUGCGCCAAGGCUCUGACAGCUCCGUGAUAUCCACAUUCAUUCGGUACCGCACCAGCAGC